UUAUUUCUCCAAAUAAACUCCCAAAUUUCCCAGAAACCAAUCAGCCAAAAAAAAAAAAAAAAAAAAAAGCAGAAAAAAAUUUCGGAUCCAUCACAUCGAGGUUUUGGGUGAUCCGGCGGCCAUGGCAAGACCCAUUACCGGAGCAGCUAGAUCGGCGGUUGCCACGUCAUCACCGAGCGUGACGACGACCAUAACCCUAGAAAACCCUGAACCAUCUUCAUCGUCGUCAUCGAGUUCUCAGGCACAGGCACAGAGAUUGGUUCUCGUCCUGAAGAAGAAGAAGAAGAGGGUUUCUUGGAAGGAAGGCACGGUGGAUAACGAGUUUAUGCAGAAGAAGAGCUCAAAAAAAUGCUGUAUCUUCCACAAGCAGAAACCCUUCGAUGAGGACAAUAGCGAUGAAGAAGAAGAUAGUCAUCAUCAUGAUCAUGAUUAUCAUCAUCACGAUGGCGGUUCUUGUUCCAAGGAUUAAUAUUCGAAAUGAUUUUGUAAUUCUAUUUAUUUAUUUAUUUUUUUAUGUGUGAGAAUUAAAAAUCUAUGAAUCAUUUUGAUGGGUCUGGAUUACUAUUUUUGUUU